UGCUGCUUUUCCUGUCAGUGUUAUGUAUUUUUUUAAAAAACAGCAUCUGCUGUACAAUUGAAUAAGACAAGAUUUCAGAAGAUGAUUUCAUACUGUCCAAUUUGUGCAAAACCUGUCUAUUUUGCGGAGAGAAAGCGAUCUUUAGGCAAAGACUAUCACCCUCUUUGUCUAAAAUGCUAUCGAUGUAAGCGCCAGUUAAGUCCAGGCCAACAUGCAGAGUAUGAUGAGAAGCCAUACUGCAAUCACUGCUACUUACAGCACUUUGGUCCAAGAGGAACAAGACGACCAACGUCUCGAUCUACUCCUGGAGCAGCUGGAUCCAAUGUUCCAGUUGAGAAACCAAGCAGCACUUAAAGCCAUCCUUUGCAGCUUCAGGAUGAAGAAACUUAAGACAAUGACACAAAGGGAAGAAUUUGUACAGAAAUUGUAUGAGCUUUAGAAAAUAAUUUUCCAUUAUUUACAAUUACUGCGUGGACUAAGAUACAGACAUUUGCUCUUUGAGUGUUUAGAAUUAGAAUUAGGUUUUAUUGUCACAUAAUUUGGUUACAUAAUUUUGCAAGUGAUGCCAAGAUGGUAACUUCCAAUGUCUGAUAAUAGUGCUGUGAUCCUGCCUAUAUCUGGUCUUCUGGAAUGUGUUUGUAGGUCCGAAAAAGUUUAGUUUUCAUAUGACAAUAUCAACACCUCAGAUUCUUCACAAAAUAACUUGGUGAGUUCACUCUCUCCCCAUCUUAUUGAUCUGGUUGUGGAACAUCAUCUCAUCUCUGUCAAUUGGCAUUAGUCCCAGUCAUUUAUUUUCAGUGUCUGGUGCAGUGACCAUAAAGUCAAUUAUUUGCAGCAAUGCAUUAAUAAUAUUUGCAAUUUCAUUUAACCUGUAAGUAUUUUGUAUCAUUCUAUAAUUAAAAAAAGUGUAUGCUUCUGCCUACA